CCUUUCGUUUUGCUUUCUCAGUUUCCAAUUUCUGAACGAACCGUACUCGUCUAUUCUAUCAAAGAUUAACCGAGAGAGAGAGAGAGAGAAAUUUCCAAUUUUUAGGGUUCCAUCCGCUACAUGGGGUUUCCUACAAUUGUUCCCUGCGAUUCUGUGGUUUGAGUGAUCUGAAUUUGUCGAUUACGUGGGAAAAAAACGAAAAUAAUGUGAGUUUCUGAUGGUUCUGGUUUGGAUUUGAUUGUUCUGGUUUGGAUUUGAUUUGAUUGUUGGUGCGUGAAAUUGGGAAUUUUACACUCGAAGAGAAAAUGGAGGUGAAGGAGCUAAAAGUCGCACAGCAGGCCCUAAUGAUGACCAACUGGGCACCCCCAAAGCGCCAAUCCCACGUUGUACUCGGCAUGUCUAGGGAGGCCUUUCCUGUUUCACAUUCUAAGUGGAAAACUCUUGAUAUCCAUUGUGAUAGUAGCCAAAGUAUCUGGCAGUCAGCUGUUUCUAGGAGUGAUAGCUCAAAGCUGCCCGAGCUCUCUUUCAACCGGCUGCAGCUCAGUGACCAGGAAUGUAUUGGAUUGCAGAAGCGAAAUUUUGGCAUGUUUGUCGCCCGUGAAGCUGUGCUGGACGAAGAGUAUUGGACAGCAGCAUGGCUGCGAGCAGAAGCUCAUUGGGAGUCUUUAUCAUAUAUGAGGCAUGUUGAUAGUUACAAACGAAAGUAUGCUGAGCAGGAGUUCUAUGCUUUGAAGCGACGAUGUACUGGACAGGAUGGCAAUUCAUUGAAGUGCUCUUGUUUUGUUGCAGUUAAGAAGGAAGACAAAAACAAAAGAAGAACUGUUCUAAACAGUGUUGUGGGAACUCUGGACCUUAGCAUGCGGCAAUUCUUACAAGGGGAAACAUACCCUGGGGAGGUCAAAAGGCUGUCUACUGUCUUUGCAUGUCAAGAGCCCUGUGACGCACAUAAGUAUGCUUAUGUUGCAAAUGUUUGUGUUUCAAAGUUUGCUCGGCGUCAGGGAAUAGCUUUAAAUAUGUUAUAUUUGGCCACUGAUGUUGCCGCCUUAUCAGGUAUGAAGCAACUAUUUGUUCAUGUAAAUGCAGACAAUAAGCCUGCCCAAGAAUUGUACAAAAAAACUGGCUUUAAGAUAGUUGAAGCAGCUUCAUCUCCUCUGUCAAAAGAUCAGAUGCUACUAAUGAAUAUGGAACUGUAACCUAUGGCAUAGAAUGAUUCACUUCCAACAUGAAGACUGACAUAACUCUUUACUAUUUUUCGAAAUGAACUUUUCCUGGUUACAUAUAUCCGUGCUUUAUACAAAUUAUAUAGCUAUAUAUAUCAUACGCUAUGUAUAUUCUCUCUUAUUAUUUUUUUGAUAGGUGAGAUGUAUGCAUGAUUUGAGUGGCAAAAUUGUGAGGGAGUGAAAUUGUUGUAUAUUAAAAUGGUAUCUAAUGUAAAGUUUUCUGUGAGAA